CUUCUUUUUUUCCACACCCCUCUUCUUUUGAAUUACUAUUAUUCCUUCUAUCUAAAUAGUUGCCACAUUUUGUCCUUGUCUUCCUUUGAAAUAUCCCUUGCAUCCAUUUCUCCCAUUUUAAUAAUCCCACGGCAAGGAUAAAUCACAAUUUUUUCCGUUCUUCCUCUCUAGCUUUUCUAAAUCAAGUUAAAAUGAUUUCAAGGACAGCAUUUAAAAUGAAAAACUAUAAAAGAAUGCAGGAGUGUUUUUUGGAUAAGAGGAAGGGAGCAUUUUCAGGCGUAAGGAAACCCAUAGGCUAGUUGGAAGGGACUUGUUAUAUGCGAUUCAGGAGGACUCCUGUGGGUCCCUGAGGUCUGCUAGGUCAAAACUAAUUUCAUAAUAGAAUAAUAUAGUAAAUUUCAUAGCUACAACUCAAACAAAAGCUCUAGAAGGUGGGGGAGAGGGAUGUCCUCGGCAAUUUUAAAGUGUAAAGAGGUUUUAAGAUAAAAAAAAAAAAGAUUGAAGAACCAAUGAUUUAGUCUAAUCUAGUCAUUUUACAGAUGAGGGAACCGAGGUACGAGAAAUGAACAGGACUUUGUCAAUGUUACACAGCAGGUAAGCCAGGAAGAAGGAUGGGAUUUCAACCUGAUCCGAGCUCUUUCACCUUGCGCACGCAGCGGAGAACAAUUCUUCCCCAGGGACAGCGCUUCCUCAACAAUUCUUCCCCAGGGAUAGCGCUUCCUUAGCAAGACAUCCAGGAUGAGCUGUGGCGGCGAAGGGGGAAGGAACCGGGCGGGGCCCUUGCAUUUAGAUCUUCCGGGCGGGCCCUUGCAUUUAGAUCUUCCGGGCGGGCCCUUGCAUUUAGAUCUUUGCGGCAAUCCUCCGCGCUUGCGCAAGAACUCCACCACGCUUUUCCACUCUUGCGUGGCUAAAGAAAAAAAUGCCCCGGCUAACCCGUAGCUGCCCUGAAUAUGCGCCCUCACCUUCCCUCUUUCCCUCCCUUUCCUCCCCUCCCAUCUCCUCCCUUCCUCGUGAGGCUAUCCUUCGCCUUCUCAUAAUACUGUCUGCCUGGACGCUCCGAACCCACACCCUCCCCGACUUGCGUCACAGAGAGGUUUUGUGACUGCCCCGCCCGCCUGAAGUAUCGCGCGCGGAGGUCUGUGCUGCGCGUGACGCGGCACGGGGGAGGAGAGCGAGCGCGAGCGAGGACGGAGCUUGCUGGGGAAAGCUUUAAGCGGAGGCAAAAUCGGGAAGCUGAGAAGUGGGUCUGGUCCGGUCCAGUCUGGUUUGCGAAAAUGUCGGUUUGACACUGUUCAGGUCUACUGGAUUUCGUGUUGUCCAUAAGCGUGCGCACAUUUCACGUAUCAAUGAAUCACCACAGUCCAGUGGCAAGGCAAAAGUCAAGAAGACUGACGAUGGCUCAGGAUGCGAUGGAUGACCUUGGUGUCUUCGAUAUCUAAACAAGCUCUAAGCAUUCCCCGGCGCCCGCUUCUGCAGCCUUCAUGGCCCAUUGGAACAAAUUGUUCUCAUCUGCCCAUUCCGCCAAGGGAAAUCUUCACAUGCUUGGGGUAGACAUCCCUCUAAUUCACCAAAGAGACCCCUCUGUUACCCUCAACCUGGUUUAGCCUGAGUGUCAAAAUGGUUUACCGGGGUGUGGCCACUGCGCAUGCUACAGCUUCUUGGAGCCACAGACUAUUUUGAUCAUGGAUGGUGAGGAAAUACCAGACUUUUCAAGUUUAAAAGAGGAAACUGCUUAUUGGAAGGAACUUUCCUUGAAAUAUAAACAAAGUUUUCGGGAGGCACAGGAAGAGCUGGUUGAAUUCCAAGAAGGAAGCAGAGAAUUAGAAGCAGAAUUGGAGGCUCAGCUAGUCCAAGCUGAACAAAGAAAUAGAGACUUACAAGCUGAUAACCAAAGACUGAAAUAUGAAGUAGAAGCAUUAAAGGAGAAACUAGAACAUCAGUAUGCACAGAGUUAUAAACAGGUCUCUGUUUUGGAAGAUGAUUUGAGUCAGACACGAGCCAUUAAAGAACAAUUACAUAAAUACGUAAGAGAGCUGGAGCAGGCCAAUGAUGACUUGGAGCGAGCAAAAAGGGCUACAAUAGUUUCCCUGGAAGACUUUGAACAAAGGCUGAAUCAAGCCAUUGAACGAAAUGCAUUUUUGGAAAGUGAACUUGAUGAAAAGGAAUCUUUGCUGGUUUCUGUACAGAGGCUAAAGGAUGAAGCAAGAGAUUUAAGACAAGAACUAGCAGUACGUGAAAGGCAACAAGAAGUAACCAGAAAGUCAGCUCCUAGUUCUCCAACUCUAGAUUGUGAAAAAAUGGAUUCUGCUGUACAGGCAUCCCUUUCCUUACCAGCCACUCCUGUGGGGAAAGGAACAGAGAAUAGCUUUUCUUCACCAAAAGGUAUACCAAAUGGUUUUGGCACCAGCCCACUAACUCCUUCUGCAAGGAUAUCGGCAUUAAACAUUGUGGGGGAUCUUUUGCGGAAAGUAGGGGCUUUAGAAUCCAAAUUAGCUGCUUGCAGGAAUUUUGCAAAGGAUCAAGCAUCACGGAAAUCUUAUAUUUCAGGGAAUGUUACUUGUGGCCUGGUGAAUAGUAACAGCACAAAGUUCUCUCGUUCAGGGCAUACAUCUUUCUUUGAUAAAGGGACAGUAAAUGGCCUUGACCAAGUUCCUCCAACUGGUCUGGGCUCCUCCAGACCAUCGUCUGCUCCAGGUAUGCUGCCUUUGAGCGUGUGAGCACCCAGUGUCCAGGUGGAGGACCCAGCCCUCCUACUGAUGAACGAGGACAUACCUACGCUUACCUGUCUGUGCCCACACCUGCAAGGCCCAGCUCAUGCCCUUAUAUCUACCUGCCUUCCCAUAGCCAGCAGAUGGCAUGCCAUGGCAAACACCAUGCCCACUGCCCUGCAGAACUCUGCUCGAUGUUAACCCUGGUUAUUUUCUCUUCUCACCAUAGUGCCCAUUGGUUUCACAUGAUUGCACUUUUGUGGGUCACAAACUGAUAUGUGUAUUACAUGGUUUCUCUGGAUACUGAAGUUCUCCCUCACCCCACUUGGCCCCUGUAGUCCUUCCUUGCUGUUCCAGUAGGAGUCAUUUGAGUGUAGGACCAGUGCAAAUCUUGAAAUUCUCUAAAAGAUCAUAUUGAUGUGUGAUAGCUUCUCUAUCCCUCCCCACCCCACAACAUCUCUCCUCCUGCUCCCCCCAAAAGGGUCUUUUAUAACAAAGACUUGGGGGCCUCACUUCUCUCCCAUAUUCAUGAUAGUCAUGGACACAGGGCAUGUGUUUCCUGUGCCCUGAAGUCUUUUGAGUUAGCAUUUGCAGCAUUUAGUUUUAACUAGUGCAAUGAACAGGGUCCCCUGGAAGUCCUAGGGACUGUGUUUUGGAGGACUUUGCAGCUGUGAGGUGUGUCUUCUUCUGUGCCUCAGACUUGAUGAAGGGUUGACUGUCCCCUCACCAGCUUUCCAGAUCCUUCAGUUAAAAACAUUGUCUUCAGAGCACUUUUGUUUUGUUCUCAGUGGGCUUAACCAGUUGAAUUGGGAGGAGUUGAGUGGCCCGUCUCCAAGGGGCAAAGAGAAGACUGUCCCUCAGAAGGGUAGGACUUUAUGUGUUUUUCCUGUGCAUCCUUUGAUUAUUCACAUGCUGCAUUUACUGUUUACAUUUUUUUGUAUAUAGGUUUGUAUACUUACACGCCUGAGAUAUUUGUGCAUAACUUGGGCUUUGUAGCUUUAUUUAUUCAGAAUCCAUUUGGCAUGUUUAAUGACUUAGGAUGGUGUCCUGUGAGCAACUGUAUAAGAUCAUCAUGUGGUUUAAAAAACAAAAUGCUUCUCAUCAAAAUAAAGAUUUUUUUUUUGUGGAAACAAUGAAUUUUACAGAAAAAGAAGAUUGAAAUUGAUAUAUGGCCUGUAUGAGAGAAAACAAAAGCUGGAAUAUAUUAAUGACGCAAGAAGUUCAAAUAUCUGGCUCAUAAAUUAGAAAGAGGAAUUGACUUUUCCUGUGCAUGGAGCUUCCCUCAGGGUGUUAGGGCAGGUUCAGAAGGAAAAGCCCCAGAUUUUGUUUUCUUAUGCUGAUGAAAUGAGUAAUCCUUACUCUCAAGAUCAGAAGCAGGUAGAGGAUGACCAUGAAGCCUUGUGAGCAGAUUUUUAUCAUGUGCUUGUUAGGGGUUAGUUUAUGGGAUAUAAAGGGUGGAUCCCACCAUUUUUUUCAUCAAGUGAGGUAUUAUGCAUUUUUGUCAUUCUGUAGUUUGAAGUCAUUUCAAAUUAGGUUUCUUAGAUUCCAACUCAGAAUUUUCACCUCAUCUCCCAGGCUUGCUGAUUGACACCAGGUGAGAGAAGGUUCCAGGUGUUUGAUAGCAGUGACAAGAACAGCCUCAGAAACUGGAUGCUCAUAGCUUUCAUACAACAGGCUUUGAAUACUACUUUUGGUACAACAAAUGAACUCAACAUGAAAGAGCAAGCAGGAACUAAAAUGCUAUUAAAUAAGCAAUACCAAGUGAUAUUUUACAUAUAUAAAAACAAUAAAAUAUGCAAAUAGUCUCUGCUUUUAGACAUAACGCAUUCUUUUGGAAUCUGGGUUUUAAAGAAGUUCUCUACAAGACAGAGUCCUGACAUCACAUGGAUAGGUAUCUUCCUCUGCAUGAAUAAGGAGAGAGGUGGUAUGCUAUUAAGGCAUCCAUGAAGCAUGAGGUCUACUCCUAUUUAUUUAAAAUUGCAAUCUUGCCAGUGGAGAAAUACUGUCUCCCAACUUAACAUUUUUAGGGGUUGGAUUCUAUUUUAGAUACUUACUAGGUGCUACCAUGAACAACUAGCUUAUUAGAGUUAUUGUGAAGAAAGUGCAACAUCCAUAUAUGUGAAUUAUUGUUAAGCUUGGUAAUCAUGGUACAGUGGAGGUAACUAUUUGGAUUUAGAAGACUUGGGUUCUAAAUUAAUUAUUUGACUUCAGGCAAAUCACUUUUCUGGGCCCAGUUUUUUCAUCUGUAAAAUAGAGAGGGUCAGAGUGGGUAAUUUCUAAGGGUCUUUCCAGGUCUAAAGCUCUGAGGUUACUUCCACCAUUGAUAAUUCAGUGAUUCCCAGUAGUAUUUUAUAAGGCUGACUGUGUUCUUCAACUUUUUAUGUGUCUAAGACCCCUUCAUUUUCCUUGAACAGAACUGAUAAAUAUCAACCUAUCGUUAGAUUCUGCCCUUUUGUUCAAUGUAAUCUCUAAAAGUACCUCUUUAAAUCUCUUUUCUUUCUAAAAGGUCGUUCUGAUAACUUAAAAUAUUUAUUAAAUAUCUAAAAACUCAGUUCCAUCCCCUCUCAUCCUGCCACCAACACAAUAUUAGCUAUCACCUCCACAAACUUCUGUUCAUUCUCUGCUGCAUGUAUUAUUAUUUUUUUAAUGCAGCAUUCAAUUCCAUCACCUGUGUAAUGCAAAAGCAAACUGCUGUCAUGAGCAGUGGGUUGGGAGUCAAAGGUUCUGGGUUUGAAUUCUAAGUCAGCCACUUACUACCUUUACAAUCCUGGGUAGAGGGCUUUUUUCCUUAUUUGUACAAUAAGUGGAUGGGUUAGAUGAUCUUUAAAAGCCUUUCUAUCUUUAAAUCUACAUGUGUGAAAUGUUACUUGUGGUCACUGCUUUGCAAAGGGGUAAACCAAAAGAAGUCGUCUUUAGUUGGAAUUAUUUAUUUAAAAAUGAGUGUACAUUUACCAUAUUUUGCCUUGGCAGCCUGGAAUUGUAUUGCAGCAUCUCCCUAGCAAAAAUUUACUUCUAUAUAAAAACAGCUGCUUAUUGACACUGUGAAGGAUGCUUUCCAUGCUGUCAGUUGCCAAUUUUACAUAUCUUCCAUGACUAAAUGAGGUGCUGGUGACCAAGUAAUGAAAUUUGUAUUAAGGGCAGAGAUCAGCUGAGGUUUCAGUUAACAAUCUCUUCAAGAUGACACUAUAAGUUGAAAGUGAAGAAAAGAAAGAUUAACAGAGGGACAGAUAUAUUUUCAUUAAAUUCUAUUAAGUGAGUGUUAAUUUGUUAUUAAUGUAAGAUCUGUGCUUCUGAAAGGUGAAUGUAUAGUUCUUGUUCUUAUCUAGUGUGAGAGAUGAACUUGUAUACAGUUAAAUGUAAUAUAGAUUAAAGUAGGAUGAGUUCCUAUGAAAUCAAUGUUAUGAGACAGAUCACUUCUGUUCGGGGAAUGGAGGAUUGUAAAAAGUGGCUGGUUUUCUGAGUUAGAGCUUGAAAGAUGAUCUUCUAGAGAUAAGUACUUGGUGAAGUAUUUCAGAGAGGGCAGUGUAGAAGGGCUGGAACACCAGAAGAAAUAGAAUGUAUUCAGGCAUGGGGAGUAUAGGUAGGUUUGAUUCUAAUGAACUAUGAGGAUGAGGUUGGAGUCAUAUUUUUUAGGGCCAUGAAUUCCAGAGUUAGAAAAUCAUACUUCAUUUAGUGGGCAAUUUGGGAUAAAGAUUUUUAACAUGACCAAAUUAAAAGUUAUUCUAGCAGUAUUGUGAGUGGGAAAGGCAGAAUUGGAUAUCGAGAGACUAGUUAGGCUCAUAAGACAUUUGAGAAGUACUGAGGGCUUGAGUGACUGCUCCAGAUUAAGGAGGGAAAUGUUUGUAAAGUUGUAUCAUUGACAGUAUUUGGAAACUGAAUGGAUGUGUGAGACAAAGAGUGAAAAAUGACUCAAGAUAAUGAUUGAGUGUUUAGGAAGCUGCAGUUUAAGUCAGGUAAAAUCUCCACUUUAUCUCCACCAAAUGGAGCACCUAAUAGGUUAUUAACACCUAAAGUAUGUUAGGGACAUGAGACAAAAACAAAUCAGUGCUUACAAUUAGCUUUUUUUUUUUUUAAUCAAGAAUAGUAAUAUAUAAGUUAAGACAUAAAGUAAUUUUGUGGAGGAGUCACUAAGAACUGGGCAAACCAGAAGGGUCCUGCCUUCUAAGAAAGAGAUGGCACUAUGUGGCUGAUGUUUUGCAUGACUUCAUUUGUAUAAUGGGUUUUUAAUUUCUUGUUUCAGUAAGUUGAGGAGGGGAAAGAGAAAAUUUAUAAUUGAAAAUGUUUUUGGAAAGGGAAAUGGUAAUUGGACUGAAUUUGAAGGAAUUUAGAAAUUCUGCAAAGUGGAAGAGAGAAGGGAAUACUUUGUUCUAAACAUGAUUGAUAGAUUGUACAAAGCAUAUAAAUGAUAGACUAUUGUGAUGAAGAAUGGCAAGUCAUUUUGGCUGCACCACUGUCUAAAGGGAAACAUAGUGUAUUUAUUGAAUCUGGAAAAAUAGACAAGGCAGCUUGUAAAGGGAUUUAAGAAUUUUUUUUUUUUUUUUUUUUUGCUGAGGCAAUUUGGGGUUAAGUGACUUGUCCCAGGGUCACACAGCGAGGAAGUAUUAAGUGUUUGAGUCCAGAUUUGAAUUCAGAUCCUCCUUACUUCAGGGCCAGCAUGCUAACUACUAUGCCAUCUCGCUGCUCUUUAUAAAGGGAUUAAAAUGAACAAAGAAUUUGCAUUUUAUUCCACAGAUUGCUACUGGAAUUUUUUAAGCAGGGGAAUGACCUAGUUUGACUUUGCAGAUGAUUGACUAUCAGUGGGUGGGAUGAAGGUGACAGAGUUGAAGAUUCCAAGGCUAUGGGACAAAGGUGACUUAAAAUUUAAUGGUGCCUUUAUCAGAGAAGGUAGUAAUAGGGAUAGGAUGGAUCUUUUGAGAGACCUGUUCUGUUUUGGAUUUGAGUUCUGUUUCAGAUAUAUCAAAUUGAGGUGUUUAUCAGAUAUUCAGUUGGAAGUAUCCACUAGUUAAAUUUGCCUUUGGAAUAACUUAGUUUUUCAUAUGUUUUCCCAUGAUUCUCUGAAUUCUAUAUAUUCAUUAUACAGUAUAAUAUAUUAUUCCAUUGUACUCAUAUGCCACCUUUUAUUUAACUAUUCUCUUUUGAGAGAGAACUACUUUUUUUCCAAUUCUUUUUUUGGUACCAGUAAAAGCCUUUCCUGUUUAUUCACAAUCCUGGCAGGAAUUAUUUGCUCUACUUUACAGAAAAUAAUAAUAGCUGAAAUUUAUUAAUGCUUUCUUUCACCAACAGUUUGUUUCUUAACAAUUUGUCUCACUUUAAUUAUUGUUUUGUUAAUUUGUGGGAUAACACAUCAGAGGCCGCAGGCAGUAGGUCAUGCAAAGAGACUACUCUCAGGAUUUGGUUGGCCUGGAAGAUCAGGUCUUAAACCAUUGCUUCUGUGUUGCUUGAAACAUAAAAAGGCAGGCCUCUGAGGAGCAGAUGUGCUAAUGAUUUUGCAAAAUGCCCAUACCGUUCUAACUAUUCUUCUAACAGCUCUGCUGCCAUGGUGACUGCUGAAUUUUGGGGGGAAGAAAUCUAUGUUUUUGUUAAUUAUAUCUUUACAAAACUCUCAUAAAUUAUUUCAUGAGUAUUUCAUUACCUUCCAGUUCUAAGCCUGACCCAAAACAUUUGAUGUUAGGAUUGAAUAAGGCAGAGGGGUAGUUUAUGGACUUAGUAACAACAUAGGGCAAAGCUGAUGAAGGCAGGAACUAUAUACAGACUCCAUGUUUGAUCUCUGACCCAAAGAUUUUUGCUUAAGAAUGUAUUAAAUCCUACUGGGACAGGGACUCUUAAGGAGAAAGAAUAGGAAGAGUAAGUAUGAGAAACUGGGAAUCAGCUUCAUUGAUAAGAGAAUCUCAAGCUUAAGAAGGGGUGGGGUGUACCCUUUUAAGCCUGCCGAGUCAGGAGAUAGACAGGCGUUACCAGCAAGGAACUUGGAGGGCUAUAUUAGAAAUUUAAACAAGCUGUCAAAACAAUUUGAUAUAUUAGUGGAAAUUCCAAUAACUCCCUUUUGGUUGGAUUCCUUAAUGUUUUAAACAAUAAUAAAUAAAUAAAUAAAUCAACAAUGUUAAUGAUUCAGACCCUAAUCUUUCAGACCAGAGGUAUGCUGCAUCUAGCUGACAAAAUUCUAGUAUAGCCUGACAAGAUAAAAAUGUAAUUGGGAAAUGUAUAACGAAAUGAAUAAAGAUGCAAUAAAACAAUGUUAAUUUUCCAUUUUCUAAGUCAAAAUGUAGUCUUUAGGAAUUCCUUGUAUUUGAGUUUAGCAUCACAUUCUCAUAAUUAUCACAAGCUUAGGUUGACCUAAGUGUGGCCUCCUCUCCUCCAUGAAGGGAAACCAUUCCAGUGUCUGUGAAACACUCCACUCCUACCCCAAUGGUGUAUUAUAAACUUGAUAUUCAAAUUAACAUAAGCUUAGCUUGCCUUGCAAUUAUUUGUUUAAUGAAUUUCAGCAUGAAAUUCUUUGUCAGUUCGCAUUCAUUUUUCUCCUAUGGUAAAUGUGGUUUUUCCCCCCUCUCUACCACUUUGAAUUAUUUGAGGUCCUAGGAGUCUAGGAUCAUAGAUGUAGAGUUAGAAAAAAACCUUUAAAAUUCAUGGAGCAGUGGAAGGAAAAAAUUGAUCUGGAGUCAAGUGGACCUAACUCACUUGAUAUUUCAAGGUCUGGUUGUUUUGGUUGUAAUGUGAGGGACUUAUACUAGAUAACUAGGCUCUCUUCCCUCCUGAAUCUGAUUCUAUAUUCUUAUCCAACCUCAAUUUACUGAUGAAAAAAACUUAGAACUAAAGAAUUUUCACUUGCUGAAAGUCAUAGUAAGUGGUAGAGCUAAAACCUAGGUCCUUUGCCUCCAAGGCCCCCAUUGUAUCCUUUUUAAACUGCCUUUCCCUUUUAAAGAUAUUCCAUAUUUCCAUGAUUCCUCAUUCUUGUUGAUUUAAGUUGCAUGUAUUCAGUAUUUGGUCAUUAUGCCAUGUUUCCUAUUUGCUAGAUACUUCCAGCUUUUAAAAAAAUUAUAAUGUCCCUCUGAAAAUCUUUGAACAUUUGUUAAUAUUAAAAAAAAAUGAAUUCCCUUGGCAUAUUGCCAAUAAUGACAUAAUUGGGUUAAAUUGCCAUGUUUGCUGCUAGAAGUUACCCAGCAAUCUAGUUUGUUUUAAUAAAUUUUACUAAUUUGAUGGAUGAGUAGUACCUCAAUCUAUUUGAGCAAUGAAGUUAAACAUUUUUACAAGUGAUUUUUAACAUUCUUUUGAGAAUUCAUAUUUUUCAAUCCUUGUGAAUUGGGUAUUCUGUUUAUGUAAAGCCCACCCUUAUAUAAGCCCGUAUUUAGCAGGGAAGUCACUCAAACCAGUCUCCUGACUUCCAUGUAGUACCCUACCUACAAGUGAUGGUAACUUGUUCCUCCCAUGAGAUCGGUUUGGAGCCUUUAUGAGGGCAUCAGGUAUGUUCUUAUAAUAGCACCACUCAAAGGCUGGAGUCUUCAGAGGAUUGUCUGACCAGAACUUUAGGAUUUAAGGGGUACUAGCAGCUGGGGCUCAUGAGCCUCUACUAGUGUGCUCCUAAAUAACAAUGAGGAAACAGGAGUUGGAAGGAUUCACAGAAAACAAUAUAAAACAAACAUCUCAAGUUUGAGAUAUAUGCUUCCCCUUACAUCCUCAUCCUUGAGAGAAUGGAUUCAAAACAUAAGAGUUUUGUGCGUAGUGAGACAAGAAUUAUGUGUGACUAAAAGGUAUAUCCUGAUUACUAAUUCUGGAAGUCCUUUUAUCCUGUCAUAGAAUCCUUUUAAAAUUCCUAGCUGCUUGUUGGGCAGAUGAUCUGCUAAAGGGUUGGGCUGCUGUUCUGCUGGGGUGACUUAGUCUAUAACUGUAAGCUGUAAGGCUAUGGGGAGGAGGGGAACUCUGGGGAGAAACUGAAAAGUUAGAUGCUAAGGGAACCAGAGACCAAUAACUGCAGAUAACAAUGCCAGUGUUUCUGGGUUUAUGCUAGAAUGGGGCAGAGAACCAGAGUACUGAAAAGAAUCUUUACCAAGCUUUUAGAGCAUCAAGUAGGUAACUGUAGUUGCCUCACAAAAGGCUUCUUCAGCUCUGAUUUGCAUUUGGACCCCUUUAGGAAAACCUAAGAAAAUAUCCUAAAAAAAGAACCAUUCUUCUGUUUUCUGCCUCCCUGCCACUUUAUACCCUCAGGGAACAGCUAGCUGUCAGGCACUCCAUUUGUCACUAAGCUAAAGCUGAAGCUAAGAACUCUUGAAGGUUAGAAUGUUUUUCACUAAUGAGGCUACAUGUUGCCCUCAAACUCUAUUUGCAGAGACACCUUCCCACAUGCUCUUGAGUAUUUUCCUUUCAUCUCCCACCCAUGUUAUAAAGAAAAUAAAGCACACCAAUUAAACCAAAGAUCUCAAGAUGGCCAUCUUAAAUGCAGCUGUAUCUCUGUUAGCUAAUGGAUCAAAUCCAUUCCUGAAAACAUUGGGGAAUAAAGUUUUUAUAAAUUAAUUAUUAACAAAUGUCAUUUCAGAUAUGUACUCGUGGGAAACUCUGUAGCUCUGCUUUGAUGUAAGAAUUGCUUUUGAGAAUAUUGCAAUCCUCCCCCUCUUUCAGUGCACAUUUAAAGGAGAAAAAAUAUCUAAUAUUGUGUCAAACUCCUGUGGAAUUUCUCUUUAAAAAAUCUUAGAUAUGGAAGCACCAUAGAAAUAUAAAAUAUAAUUGGUAUUGGGGGAUAGAAUUAACAUCCACCUCACGGUCUGUAACUUCAGCUUUUAUCACAUGUAGUUUUGUGUUUUGGGGGAAAGUUAGCCACCCUGUAAGAGAGCUGAAAUCUUAAUAAUGAGUGAUGCUUUUGUAGUGGUUCCUUGAACUCUAGGGACUUUGCCCAGAAACAGAUGAAGGCCCAACUGCUCACACAUGUAGGGAAUCUUUCCUCCAGAGCAAAGGGAAUGAAUAAUAAUUGCAAGAUGGUAAACGUGUCUUGAGACAUUUAUUUCUGUAACCAAAUGCUAUUGAAAAACUAUUAAAAACUACAGAAGAGA